AUGACUAACAAUUGGUCUAUGUCUAGAGAUGAUUUAUAUGGGCCACCUCCAGCUUAUUCACUAGAUCCGCCAACAUCUAUAUAUACUAUUCCUCAAAUACGAAAUGAAUAUCAAGAAAGACUACCACCACCACCUCCUUGUACAUCCAUAGAUUUAUCGACAAAAUUCUUACGAUACAUACUUGCAAAUGGUUUACUUCAUAUACUCAUUGGUUUAACAUCAAUUGUUUGUGGUAUUCUUUUGUUUGGUAUGAAUGAAUCCUAUCCAUUUACUGGAAUUUGGGCAGGUGUUUUAUGUAUUACAUUGGGAAUAUAUCUUAUUAUAUUUAUAAGUCAGUCGGAAAAACAGAUAUCAUCUUUAAAACGAUUUAAAUUAAUUCAUAUCAUUACAUGUCUUUUAAUAAUAAUUGCAUUAGUACUUUCAUCUAUUAAUCUUGCAUCGAACUCCUGCUAUGAAAAAUAUUUCGAAUUCGAUCAAUGUCAAUAUUCAGCACAAAAAUUAAAAAUUGUUCUUGUGACAUUUUUUGCUUUCACAUUUUUACAAAUUUGUAUUACUUCUAUAGUAACAUUUGUUCAUAUAAGAUAG